UUAAAGCAAGAGCCAAAUUCUAAACUUGACCCUAAAAAUUUGAGACAAUGGGUUGUUGCCUUUUGUGCGAUUAGGUUUGAUCUUGAACAAGGUCAGGUUAUUGAGGAAUGUUAUCCACCUGGUUGCUUCAGUCAAGAUGAGGAACUAGAAAUUGCUUUUAGUUCUUUCCCUGAUUCUGUUUCUCAACAUCAAAAUCGUUCAAGUAUCCAUGAUUGUAUAUUCUUCUUUCGUUUUCGAAGACGAGAAAAUGUUCUAGUUGGUAAUAUCUCUUCUUCUGAGUCAGUUGAGGGAGGAGGAGGAGAAGAGAAAGAUGAUAUAACACAGAGAAAAUCAAGCAGUACACGUAAAAACACAGGUUCAAAAUAUCUGUAUGGUUAUGUAUUUAAUAGGCAGAGACAUGAUGAGAGAUUAAAGCGAGGUGGGGAACAGAAAUCUGUUGUAAUCUUAUCGCACAGUCCUUACUCAAGUGUGUUCAGGCCGGUCUUACAAAUCUUGGGUCCCUUAUUUUUUGACAUUGGUAAGAAAGCUCUAGAACAUAUGGCUUCUUAUGUUUCAAUGUGGCCUGCUCCGAUACUUGGCAAACUAAUGGAGCUUCCCAUAGGCAAUGCUUCAUUGAAAGUGAACCUUCCGCCUGCUCAUAGCUUGCAGUUGGAAAAUGGGUUCUUUUCCGAUGAGUCUGCCUCCUCAAUGGCUCCAUUUCUUCCUACAAAUCAGUCAGUUCCGCAGGGUUUGUUUCAUGAUGCAGAUAUUUUUGGUACAUUUAGGGGAAUUCUGUUGCAGCUCUGGGUCCUUUGGGAGCUUCUGAUUAUUGGAGAACCCAUUCUUAUAAUAGCACCGACCCCGCCCCAGUGUUGUGAAGCAGUUGCAGGUCUUGUUAGUGUAGUUGCUCCACUUUUAUGUAGUGUUGAUUUUCGACCUUAU